AUCACCACUGUCGAGACAUCAAGAACCCACUCUACCCAUCGAGAUAAGCAAGACCGACAAUGCCCAAGGAGAAAAACUACAACCCAGUCCAAGCCCAGCGCAAAGCUGACAAGGCAAAGGAAAUCAAAAAGGGCAACGAUAUGCUAACAAUAACCUCACAUUGCACAGGCAAGGCGCAGCAGCAGGCAAGGCGAAAUGAACAGCUCGCGAAACGAAAUCCCGAAAAGAUCCAGCAGCAGAUCGACGACCUAAAAAAGAUCAAGGAAACGGACGGCAAGCUCUCCUCCCAUCAAGAGCAGGUCCUCGAGGCCCUCGAAAAGGAUCUCAAAGCCGUCAAGAAGGCCAGAGAGGCACUAGGCGACAAAGCGCCCACCUUUGGCCACGGUCCGCGACGCGAUGGAGCCCUCGGAAAGCGACGACGGGAAGACGAAGAGUCUAGCGAUAGCGACGUGUCCGAAGAUGUCAAGAGGAUCCCGAUGCCGCGCGACACUCCCCCGCCAAUUCCCAAGGACGUCCUAGACGAAUGGUAUGCCAAGCGCAGGGCAAAACGGGCUGCAAACGCGAACCACGAGCCACUCGGCCAAGGCAGAGGACAUCAGCAGCAACAAGAAGACCAGAAGAUGGAGAAGCCAAAGACACCCGUGGUUGAGGUCAAGACCGUGUACGAAGCCAAGCCUAUGGUCCGCGAUCUAAGAAAGGAGGCCGUGAGCGCAUUCGUACCGACCAAUGUCCGGCUGAAGCUGGAAAAGGGCAAGGGCAAGGGGGGUCUCAUGGAACCAGAAGAAGCCGACGAACUCGAGAGGGCCGGCUACCUAAAGACCUCCCAGCCGGCAGAACAAUCGGCUCAUGGGCUGGAAGUCGAGAAGAGCGCCGGCCCACGUGGAGUUACCAUGGAAGAGGCGGAAGAAGAAGAUUAGAGGCCGCAUCGAACCCUUUUUGGCGGCGAAUAGGAGUCUGGGAUUUUAUGGUUCAUCAAUCGACAUCACACCUACAUUACAUCUCAAAGCAAGCGCUUCGGCCCGUGUUUUCCAAGCCACCUUGUGAGUAGGCCUGGUCCCUCUGCUGUCAUAUCAAA